AUGUUAAUCAGUUUAUACAAUCAUUUUUUUCGUUCGAAAAUCGUUCCAAAAGCUUCUGAAGUUCUCCGAUGUUAUAUACGACAACGAAAUUAUCCUUCAUGGACAUCAUAUUUUAUACGUCAAUAUGAUUGUUUAAAUGAUCAAUUUGGUCAAAGUCAUUUUGAAUUUGAUGUUGAUGGACGAAACUAUCAUAUAUUACGAACUGGUUGUUUUCCUUAUAUCAAAUAUCAUUGUACACAACGAAUAAAAACAAAUGAUUUAUCUUAUGAAAAUCGUCUAUAUACAUUGUUUAAAGUAUUUAAUUUAGGUAUACCAACAUUAAUGUAUGGUUUAGCUGCUAUAUUUCUUAUUCGUCAUUAUGAAAUAGUUAAUACAAAUAAUUAUGGCUCUGUUAAAAUUUAUUUUCUUAUUAAAGAAAAUAAUGGUGCUUCAUACUGA